UGUUCCUUUCUAUACGUCAAUAAUAAAUAAUACAAUAAUCUUAUUGAUUCGCAUACCAAAUGAGACUAGUCUCUCUCUCAGUCUUUAUAUAAAAUACAAAACCUCAUCACAGUUUCGUACUCACUCGAGACUCCAGGAAAUAAGAAAGAAGAAAGAAGAAAAAAUGGAGAAUCUAUUGGGUCUUCUCAGAAUUCAUGUGAAGAGAGGUGUGAAUCUCGCCAUCCGAGAUAUCGCAAGCAGCGAUCCAUACAUCGUUUUUCACUUCGGAAACAAGAAGCUGAAAACCCACGUGGUCAAACAAAGUGUAAACCCAGAGUGGAACGAUGAUUUGACUCUUUCUGUUACUGAUCCAAAUCUCCCUGUUAAACUUACGGUUUACGAUAAGGACUUGCUCUCGGCGGAUGAUAAGAUGGGAGAAGCAGAGUUUAGCAUUGCUCCAUAUCUUGAAGCCAUUAAGUUUCGCCAUAAGAUCCAAGGAGGACUUCCCAAUGGAACCAUAAUAAUGAAGAUACAGCCGAACAGACAAAACUGUCUGUCUGAAGAGAGCCACAUUGUGUGGAACCACGGCAAGCUUGUUCAGAAUAUGUUCAUUAGGCUCCAGAACGUAGAAACCGGAGAGGUUGAGCUACAGCUCGAGUGGAUCGAUGUCCCCGGUUCAAGGGGUAUUUAAGUCACUUCAUGUCAUUCCAAUCCUAUCCGGUCUGAUCCUUAUCCCUUAGCAUAUAUGGUUUAAUUAGCCAUUGAAGAAUCUCAAAUUGGUUAUGUAAUAAGCUCUCUUUUCUUUUGUUCUUUUCGAGUCCAAAAAGUGUGCAAGUCCAUGAGGACUGACUUAGUAAGUGUAACAUUUGGAUACUUAGUUAUAUUCCUCUCUCGUUUGCUUGAAUUGGCUACGAUUCAA